GAACGGACGAGUGAUGCCAUGCUUGCUACUUGCUAUUUGUUUACGAUAGAGUGAGAGAGAGAGAGAGUGGUGUAAAACGCGCGUGCGUGUGUGUCCGCUGAAUGAGUACACUACUUAUUUGUUUUGUUCGUAUAUAUACUCAGCAUACGUAAAAAACUAGUUUACAAUUAUUCAGGUUCUCUAGUUAAUUUUUUAAACCCUAUUCAGAAAAGAGUAAAAUGUGCGAAAAACAUUUAAGCCCGCGUCGAGCACCAAAAUAGCUUCCUGCAAUUUUGUAGUGCACGCAUACUUAUCACGCAUUUCGCGAGAGCGACACACACACACACGACGCGUCAGUUCGCACUUCGCAGUACAGGCACCACCACCACCCCUCCCCCCUCUCCGUGUAAGUGUAUAUUGUGUGGUGAGCUGCUAUUUAUGGUCGUUGAAAAAGUUUUGGAAAAACAAGACCGAAUUUACGUUGAAGCAAGUCCUGAAAUUUGGAAACUUGAGGAUUAUGUAGACCCGAAGGAAAUCGAUUAAAGUCCAAGUGAUGUCGAGGUUUAUCUGUACCCUCGUAUCGUAUAGGUUAUGUUGCUGCUUCGUUCGUAGAGGAGAAGUCUAAACACUCGAUAGCUUGAGAAAAACUUGGUCAACGUCAAAGACAUCAGUUACUUUGAGAGACCAGUCGGUACUAGAGGUAGUGGCCUCAAUGAAACUCGCGGCUUUGAAGUGCUUCCCCGAGCAAGUGGUAGUAGCAGCAUCGGCAGUUGGGAGAGGAAAAAACUAUACUACCAGCACGCUUGAAUCCACGUCAACUGAUGUACGAGAAGUGCGAGUCUAUCAUUGCUAUCAUCGGAAUUCGUUGCCGGUAGCGAGCGUCUGCUCCUUUUCGUCAUCGAGUUGAAAAAGAGCUGCGUCUUGUUGCACGAAUGGAUGAUGCGCGCUGGCGAUGAACGGCAUGGAAAGACAUGGACGUGGACACGGCCACUCGCACUCUCAUCACCAUCACCACCAUCAUCACCACCGAUCUUCUUCGUCCUCCUCCUCGUCGUCGCAUCACCACACGCAGGGUGGUUCUAGUGCUGGUAGUAGCUCUUCAGUGGCGCAUCACCAUCACUUGCCACCACCGUCGUCGUCAUCUUACAGCAACAGCAGCUCCCACAAUGUCUCUCACAAUUCUAAUACUGGGCCCCAUCACCAUCGUGAUUAUCACCACUACCAGCAGCAGCACAAUUCAAAGGAGCUGUAUCACCAUCAUCCGAAGGAACUGCAGCACCAUUAUCCCAAAGAUCUACAGCAUUACCAUUCCAAGGAACUGCAGAAUCACCAUCCCAAAGAGCCGCAGCAGCACCACUAUCACCACCAUCCCAAAGAGCUGCAGCCUCCACUGCCCAGCGGAAAGCGCAAUUACGGUCAAUCGCAUUUACAAAAAGAGCCACCUACAGUCGCAGCGACCACUGUUGGUGCUGGCACUACUUCUGGUGGUAGCUCUGCCGGUGCUGCGACCUCCUUGACGCAAAAAUUUAGAAAUUGGAAGCUCCUGGUGGAUCCGUUUCUCAAGAAAGGAGCUACCAAAGUUUAUAGAUACGAUGGUUUUGUUCCCGGUGAUCCCACUUAUCCUGAUAUUCAGGUAAGGGAUCCGCGCUCACAGCUGACUAGAAUAUGGACAAGGGUGGAACAACUUGAUUUGCCAGUACCUAGGUUCAAAAUAGAUUCUAAUUACUGUGGAGAUCCUCCACCGUUGGAAGUGACUUUUUGCCAUUUAAAUGACAAUAUUGACAGGACGUUUCUUUCUGAUAUGGUUCAUAAGUUUGGUCCAACAGAAGAACUUACAAUAUAUUAUCAUCCAGUAACUAGUAAGCAUCUUGGAAUAGCUAGAGCUGUGUUUGAAACUACUAAAGCUUCUAAAGCGUGUGUAGAAAAAUUAAAUAGUACGUCUGUGAUGGGUAAAGUGUUAAAGGUGUUUCUCGAUCCUUUUGGUAAAGAAUGCAACAAACAUUAUCAUGACUUAACACUUGAAAAGAAAGUUGAGAAAAACGUUGAAAAAAAAGCGAAAGAAGAGCCUAAGUCACUGGUCAAUGUUAUUCCACCAACACCACCCAUCAAGACUGAUGUAGAACCGACUAAAAGAACACAAACAACUCCAGUUGUUGAUAAAGCUCCAACUGUAACCGCAGAUGAAAGAGAUGAUUACAGUAGGCAUAAUAAAAAGUCAAAUAUCGACAAAAGUAGGGACUCUUAUGUAGAAAACUCGAGAUUGACAAACAAAGGAAGUUCGUCCUAUAGAGGUGAUUAUCCAACUCCAAGUGUUACAAGUGCUAGUAAUAGUGAUUUAGGUUAUGGCGCAGGAGCCAGUGAUAUAAAUUACCCAGCUGGUUUCGCGCAAAAUUCUACGCCAGUUGGUAAUUACGAGUACUAUUAUGGUAAUUUUCAUCACCACCACCAUCAUCAAGCACAACAAUCGCAUCAUGUACCGCCAAACCAGUCAACCAACUUCAUUGGUGGUAUACCUCCGGGAGUCCCCCCACAACUCCCGACAGCUCCUGGUGUCUGGUGGCCUAAUGCAACCGCGCCGGAUACUCGAGGUGCCAUUUUCCCACCAAACACGUCAUGGCCUCCACCAGCGACCCUUGCACUGCCAGACGCCUCCAUGGUUGUGAUGCCCACACAAUCUGCCAGGGUAACUCCUCUUUCCUCCGCGACCGAGCUUUCCUCCACAAAUGCAAAGCAGGCUUUAGCAUCGAAAAAAAAGGAUCCGGCGUUUGGAACAGCUACUGAGUCUCCAGCAGAUUCUGACACAUCAGCUGUGCACACGCCAACCAAAGAUUUGAGGAAUGAGUCUCCCGAUGAAUCGCGCAAAACUCUAGAUCUCGAUACGAGGAUAGCGAUGCUGCUGAAAGACAAGGCCGGAGGAAUGGCUCCGCCGUUUUUGCAAUUUGGCAGUGACUCGGAAGACGAAAAAAAAUCGAAUGCGGAUGAAGAAAUGUUGUCAGAGCCACCAAGUCCUUUCAUAACUCAUGCAGCCUACGAAGAGUGUUUUCAGAAACAAGUGCAGCGCAACAGAGAUAGGCGUAGGGUGCGUCAGAACAGUCUUAACCAAAUACCAAAGUCGGCAGGUGUUGAUGAGGAUCUUGGUAGCAUUAUCAGUUCCAGCGAGGAUGAAUUCCUUCUGGGCAGCUAUAGUCCUGCUGCUGCUGCUGCUGCUGAUGGUGAAAAAACUAAAGAGUUAGAACCUUCCAAAGAGCAACCUCCUUCAUCAACCUUAGAUGAUGAUAUGUCUCUCAGUCCGUUGAGUUCUGGUGAUGAAAAGAUAGAAGAGUUCAUAACAGUAGAAAAGUGUAUUUCUACCUUCGAUUCGAAGAUUGCAACCCACGAUGCCGCAAAUCAGCUGUACCCAAGUUAUUCGACUAUGGCGCAUCUGUCGCAUUACCCGACUCCUCCAAUAGUCGCAACGACAACAGGACACCAUCAAGUCUACUCUCAGCCACCUCUAAUGCAACAGCCACAACAGCAGUGGCCACGGCCCGGCCCGUAUCCAUAUCCAUACCCGGCCACUGCAGCAGUUGCAGCUUACUUGCCAAAUCAGUAUCAACCAGCUGCAGCCGCUGUAGGUGUACUCCAUGGUGUACCGGCUCCUGGCAUUGGUCUGGGACCACCACCACAAAACAGCGGCUACUAUCAGAAUUUCCAAUCAAGAUUGCAAGCAAUGGCCAACCAAAGCAUUACUAGGGACAAUCCGCAGGGACCUACCAUCAAUGGUGUUCUUACUCGGGUUGUCGACGAAUUAAAGCAAAUUCUGAAGAAAGAUUUCAACAAGAAGAUGGUCGAGAAUACGGCUUUCAAGUUAUUCGAAGUCUGGUGGGAGGAGCGUAAGAAUACGGAAAAGAAGCCUGCUGCUGGCAGUGCUGCUGUUUCCGUGCCAGUAGCUGCUCCAGUUCCUGAGGCUCCACCGCCAGCUCCAACGAUCCCUGUGGCACCAGCUGUCAAAGAAGAGCAAAAGAACAUCACAUCGGUCUUUGAACAGGCGACCACUCCAAUAGGCUUAAAUUACGAUGGUUUUGGUCUGGGAAUCAGGGCUAGCAUGCCAAAAAUGCCGUCCUUCAGACGUAAAAUUAAAGCUCCCAGUCCAGUCGCGGCGCAAGAUGAAGACAGUCGAUUGUCUGCCGAUGGUCGCAUUAGUGAUAACAACAAAGAACCCCUUACCGAGCCUAUUGAUAGUGACAGCGAUAUUGAGUUGGAGGACACUUCUCAGAAAGCUAUUAUCAAGAGGCCGAUCGCAAAUAUUCCCAGCACAUCGCCCUCGUCUUCCUCGACCUCAACAUCGUCUGAUGAAGAUCAGAGUACCUCCAGCAGCAGUAGCAGUAGCACCAGUAGUAGCGAUUCGUCUAGCUCUAGUGAUAGUUCAGAUGAUGAGUCCGAUGAAAAGUUACCAUUGGCAAAAGACAGCCAAAAUCCAGAAAUUCUCAUAGAAUUGGCAAUUUUGCGGUCACUGGAAUGUCGAACGCCUGUGGGUGGUCGUUGUACACCUAUUCCAGAUUUUGAAGUAAUACAAGAUGACUUCCCACUGAUCGAAGACGACGAUGAAGAGACCGACGACGACAUCGAAAUGUGCGAGUACUUUGCCGCCCAAGUUCAAGAGGCAAAGGAGAUAAAGGAUAAAUUGAUGAACAAAGAAAAACUUGAAGCUCUGAAAGUAAGUGAAGCUCUUCCUCUGCCGUCCACAGAAUGGUCUGGUCAAGCUGUAAUAACUCCAAUAGCAGACACCACUGUCAGUCAAGAGCCUGUAACUGCAGUUGUACAAAGAGAUGUCGAGAAUUUGGAAACUUCAGCAGUGGAAGCUCUUAUUUCACUUGCGACCCAAGAUAGCAAACCCAUUGCGAGGAUUCCCAGCCCAGCCCGGCAGCCAACACCGGUCGCUGAAUUAAGUAUCAUUAAGAAAUUACAGACUAUGUCUGAUAGGUAUAUCACCGACGAGCCUAUACUCAAAGAGUCGGAGAAAAUCGAGAUGUUCAGUGAAAUUCCGACUUCUGAUUCCGAGGACGAAAGCUUGGAAGUUAAGAGAUUACGGUUACAAGCUGAUGCAGAGGUGCAGCGUAAUAUUGAAAGGCGUAAGAGUCUAUCUCGAGUUUUUCUCGAGCACUCGUAUUCGAUACCUCCUGCGUUGUUUGAUCAACAAAAGCAACAACAACAACAACAACAACAGGUGUUGACACCUUUGCAACAACAACAGAAACAUGCACCAAUGGAAAUCGACGAUACCCAGCAAAACGGAAAGCAGAUCAAAGUUUUGGAUAAAAUAUCGAACAAGGUGGAAAAUAGAAAGAACAAGCAUGCCAAGCCUAAUAACAAUGCAGUUACUCUGGAGACGAAUAAUGAGCGAGAAAAAGAAAACAUCCAUAUGGUUCCCCCGUUGAUGCAAGAGUCACUGCCACCGUCUCACCAAUAUUCUACGCCUAUGAUUUACAAGGAACGCAAUAUCUUGUCUGAAAUGGAAAUACUCUACGAGUUUCUAACGAAAGGCAUCGACCACGAGGAUAUUGAGUAUCUUCGUCGAAGCUAUGAGUCUCUUCUUGCUGAUGAUGCGCAAAGUUACUGGCUAAACGAUACCCACUGGGUCGAUCAUCCAGCAACUAACGUACCUAGUCCAGCGAAAAAACGGAAAAGAGAAGAUUAUCGUAUACACGUAACUGGUUGCGCCAGAACCGAGGGUUACUAUAAGGUCGAUGUCAAAGAAAAAAUGAAACACAAACAUCACUAUGCACAGAGCAUUCAGCGUAACGAAGAUAUUCGAGAUUCCUCGGGUUACAGCAGUCGUAUGCUUGGUGGAUACGAUGGUGGGAACGUUUUAGCAAUUAAUAGGCCAAAAGCCAGCUCGAAAGGUGUAACUGGCAAAAUGCAGGCGUUAUCCCGAGAAGCUAGAAGUAAUCAGAGACGCUUGUUAACAGCCUUUGGCAUAGACACUGAUAGCGAUUUACUUAAAUUCAAUCAACUUAAGUUCCGAAAGAAACAAUUGAAAUUCGCUAAAUCCGGAAUUCAUGACUGGGGAUUGUUCGCCAUGGAGCCGAUAGCGGCUGAUGAAAUGGUGAUAGAAUACGUCGGACAAAUGAUCAGGCCAAUCGUCGCCGAUCUACGUGAAACCCAGUACGAAGCCACAGGCAUAGGCAGUUCCUAUUUGUUCCGUAUUGACUUAGAUACUAUUAUUGAUGCGACUAAAUGCGGUAAUCUCGCUCGUUUCAUCAAUCAUAGUUGUAACCCGAAUUGCUAUGCCAAGGUUAUUACUAUUGAAAAUCAGAAAAAAAUUGUGAUCUACAGUAAGCAGCCAAUCAGUGUAAACGAAGAAAUCACUUAUGAUUACAAAUUCCCAUUGGAGGAGGAUAAGAUUCCUUGUUUAUGUGGAGCGCCUCAGUGUAGAGGAACUUUAAAUUAAAUAAACUAUCAAAGAACGUUGCAAUUAUAUGUUUGGGCGGUGAAGCGCCUUAGUACUGAGUAUUGACGCUCAAAAAAAGUUCAUUUUUUAUUGCUUCAUCGUGAUAAAUUCGUUCAUUUCUCAACUCAUUGUGCCCUCACACCCUCAACUAAUAUUUUUGUAAAUAAAAAAUACAACUUAAUGUAAAACAUUUUAUAAGAACAAAA